CCGUCAGGGGGCGCUCGGCCGUGGCUGCGGACGGCGCUGCUCAGAAUCCGCUGCGGCGCCGAGGCUCCCGCAGCCGCCUCAGGAAGCGGAGCGGGCGACCGGGGCGGCGGCUCUCGCUCGGGGCUGCGCUGCGGGGAGCCCGCCGGGAUGGGCGCCCGGCGCGGAGGGGACUGAGCGGCGGGCACUGACGGCCCGACGGAGCUCGCCGCGAUGGAGGAGCCGCGGCUGCUCAACGCGUCGCUGCUCUGCCGCCCCGCGAACGGCUCGUCCCACAGCGGCGCCUGGAACGGCACCGGCGGCGGCUGCGGGACUCUCCGCCGGUCCCGAGAGUUGGACCUGGCAGUGCGGGUGCUGCUCUACUCGGUGAUCUUCCUGCUGGGCCUGUGUGGGAACGCGCUGGUCAUCGCGGUGCUGGUGGUCAACAAGCGGCUGCGGACCAUCACCAACUCCUUCCUGCUCUCGCUGGCGCUGAGUGACCUGAUGGUGGCGCUCUUCUGCCUGCCCUUCACCUUCAUCCCCAACCUCAUGCACACCUUCAUCUUCGGGAGGGUCAUUUGCAAGGCCGUGGCCUACCUGAUGGGGUUGUCAGUGAGCGUCUCUACCUUCAGUCUGGUGGCCAUCGCCAUCGAGCGCUACAGCGCCAUCUGCAGGCCCUUGCAGUCCCGGGUGUGGCAGACCCGCUCCCACGCUUAUCGGGUCAUCGCCGCCACCUGGUUGCUCUCGGCACUGCUGAUGCUGCCCUACCCGGUGUACAGCACUACUCAGCCUGUGCGCGGCCAGCCCCACCUCACCCAGUGCAGCCACAACUGGCCUGGGCACCACGUCAACCAGGCCUGGUAUGUGCUGCUGCUCAUCACACUCUUCCUCGUCCCGGGACUGGUCAUGAUCGUGGCUUAUGGGCUGAUUUCCUCCGAGCUCUACAGGGGGAUCCAGUUUGAGAUGGACCUCUCCCGGGAGGCCAAAGCUCGGCCAAACGGAACCACCAUGGAGCUCCUGGCCACCAGUGACGAGGGCGACGGCUGCUACAUCCAGGUGCCCCAGCCUGCCGAGAGCCCGAUGGAGCUGCCCGCCAUGAGCCCGGAGGACAGCGCCAAGCAGGAGCGGGCACGCAUCAACAGCUCCAAGGCCAAACUGCUGGCCAAGAAGCGGGUCAUCCGGAUGCUGGUGGUGAUUGUGGCGGUUUUCUUUGGGUGCUGGCUGCCCAUCUAUGUGGCCAACACCUGGCGGGCCUUCGACCCCAAGGCUGCCCAACAGGCCCUCUCAGGGACCCCCAUCUCCUUCAUCCACCUGCUCUGCUACGCCUCCACCUGCGUCAACCCCUUCAUCUACUGCUUCAUGAACAAGCGUUUCCGCCAGGCCUUCGCCACCACCUUCGCCUGCUGCGCCACGCCCUGCUGCCGCCGGAGAUGUCAUGCCCACGAGGAGGAGGCCGCUGCCACCGGGGCUUCCUUCUCCAGGUUCAGCUACACCACGGUCAGCAGCAUCGUCCCCGCCGAGCACUGAGGCUCCCAGCCUGGCCCCACGCCUGGCAGCCCUGGGGGUCGUGUCUGGGCACCCCACGGCCUCUCCCUCCCCCCCCUUCCUCACAGUGGGGGCUUCCCCUGCCUGCCUUUUGCAGACCCCAGGCUGAGGAGGAGAUUUCACGGGCCCAAAAGCCUGGGAGGGAACAGCUCUGUUGAAGGGGGGAAGGGAUGGGUGGACAAAGCUGCUUCCGCACGGGCCUAAAAGAGGUCAUCUCUUGUCCCAUCUCUUCCCCGUGGCCCCCCCCUGCUCUGAAGCUCUUGAUUGCUGUGCUGUGCCCCCCCCAUUCCCUGACUGAUGGGAGGAGGUGUAAAAUUGGGGAGGGGGUUUGCAGGGCACCCUAAAGGGGUCUGGCUCGUGGAGUCCAGCAAGGCCUCGGUGCUGCCUGAGACAAGAGCUGAAGCUGACUCAGCCAUGAGUUCCACAUGUUGGGGGAGUUAACAGCCCCAUAACCACUGGCCUGCCUCACAGGGCUGUUGUUGCCAGUCCAGAAAAGGAGCAGCGAUGCUCAGUCUUUGCCUCCAGGAUCUCUACUACCCCCUGCCCUCCUUUCCUGGACACCCCCUCGCACCUGGUUUGUAUAGCUGUGUGCCACCGUCCCUCCCCCCCCGAGAUUUUGUGGCCCCGUUUUUCACCAGCGGAAGAUCCACUCAUGUCGGUUUGGGCCGGGGGGGGUCAGUGGGGGCUAUUUCUGUAGCUUUCUGUGCAAUAAAGUUCUUGAAAUGGCGCUGCUGCCAACGCAGAUGGAA